AGAAACAGCCCCCUUUCCCUUCAGACCGCGCCAGUCCGCCUGUCUGGCAAGGUGGCUCCGCGGAGGCUGUUGUCUGUCGGGGGGCUUGAGGAGGGGAAGCGCGUCGGGCCAAGCUAGGCCGCAGCGGAGCCUCGGCCGGGAUCAAGCGCGGCGCUGGCUGGAGGACGAGUGAGGAAUGCAGAUGUUGUGCCUUUAAUGGAAGGUGAUUCCUGUGGGAUUCCUGAGCUUUUCCCCGUCUCACCCAUGGAGUCCUGGAUGGAGUGUAACAGCUUACUGAAGACAACCAUGGAUCGGUUUGACGUGAAGCCGCCUCCUUCUCGGAGCCGCUCCAAGACUGCUUUGUACGUGACGCCUCAGGACCGCGUCACGGAGUUUGGCAGCGAACUGUACGAAGACGGGGGAAAGCUGUAUUGCACUUUCUGCAACGUGGUCUUGAACCACGUCCGCAAGUCUGCCAUCAACGACCACCUCAAAUCCAAGACUCACACCAAGCGCAAGGGGGAGUUUGAAGAGCAAACUGUGCGGAAGAAGCCAAGGACCCUGACGGCCUCUCUGCAGUGCAACAGCGCGCCCCAAAUAGAGAAACCCAACGUCGUCCACGACUUUGUAAAAAUGUUUCUGGAGGCCAGCAUUCCUCUUGAGAAGGCCGACCACCCUGCUGUGCGAGCAUUCCUCUCCCGCCACGUGAAGAACGGGAACUCCGUCCCCAAGGCAGAGCAGCUCAGGAAGGCCUACCUGCCUGAUGGGUUUACAAAUCAGCUGAUCAAAUCUGAAGACCACUGAGGAGCAGCCCUGGGCUCUAGGUGUGGAGUAUUGCAGUUGCAUAACCGUGGUGUGGUUUAUUUUUAUAUUCAUGCGCUUGCAGUGUUGCAUCAUGGUUUCUGUAUUGUAAAAAAAGACUACCUGUUGCAGAAUGCAAUGGUGUUUCAGAAACAGUUGGUGUUACAGGAACGUUGCUUCAAAACUGUGGUUAGAAGGAUGGCAAAAUGAUGCCAUAUUGCUCAGUUUGUGCAGAAGUGUACUAAAUGAACAGUGUACAACAAUUCUCCGAACCCUUCUACAACUGGAACGUACUCACACCAAACAAUAUAAUGUAUACACAUACUUUCCACAUUAUUCCCAUAUUCUUGGUGUAAAUUUACGAUUCUGUGACUUGGUGGUGUUCAGUUUGACUUAAGAGUGGAUAUAAGUCAACGUUUAUAAAAGGUUAGACCCUUGAAGUACGCCUCACAGAGUCAGCAGAUCCUCGAAACCUCAAUAUAUUUUCUCUAUUAUGUUACAUGUCUUUAUAAUUUAGGAAUGCUGUGCUAAUCUUGUAGGCUCAAUUUCCUUUUUGGAUUUUUUUGGAAGGUGAGAAUAUAAAUGAAACUGAAUGCAUUUCUAGUUUGGAUAAUGGGUUUCUUUUUAUGAAUAGUAAACAUCUAGUUCCUUUAAUU